CUUUGCACCUGUGGGUCGACAGAGAAACAACAAGCACCAACUUUCUGACGACACCAGCGAUGAAGCUGAGCGUCGUCUUCACCCUGAUCGUCAGCUUCAGCGGCUGCCGGGCGGCGUCAGUUUUUCUGGAUCCAGAUCGAGCGCAUGGCGUCCUGGUGCGAACUCGCAGGUUUAACUCGGGCUGGUUCGAGGAGCUGCAGAUGGGAGAUCUGAAGCGAGAGUGUCUGGAGGAAAAAUGUUCGUACGAGGAGGCGCGGGAGGUGUUCGAACACACGGAGACCACGGACGAGUUUUGGAAGAAGUACAACAUCCCUGACAGCUGUAAGUCCGACCCGUGUCUGAACGGUGGCAGCUGCUCUGGACUGGGUUCAUCCUACGCCUGCUUCUGUUUACCACAAUUCAGCGGACUCAACUGUGAACUCGAGACCCUGGCCUUCUCCAACACCUGCCUGCUGGAGAACGGAGGCUGUGAACAUUUCUGUGAUGAUGACGAGGAAGGACGAAGAUUAAACUGCUCUUGUGCAGAUGAUUACUUCCUGGAUGUCGAUGGGCGGAGCUGCAUAGCAAAAGGGUCACUAGCGUGCGGCAUGGUUCCCGUCCUUCAGGGCGAAAACAAAAAGCCGCUGGACCCUCGAUCUCGAAUCGUUGGAGGGACAGAGUGUCCCAAAGGUGAAUGUCCCUGGCAGGUUUUGCUGAUGUACAACUCCAAAGGUUUCUGUGGAGGAGUGAUCUACAAACCCACGUGGAUCCUCACAGCCUCUCACUGUAUGGACAACAUCGACGUCCGGUUCCUAAAGGUGGUUGUAGGCGAACACAACACAGAGGUGGCUGAGAACACGGAACAGUUCAUCCAGGUGGUCGAGAUCAUCAUGCACGAGAAAUACGUCAUGGAGACGGCUGACAACGACAUCGCCCUGCUUCGCCUGGAAUCGCCCAUCAUCUACACACCAUAUGCCGUCCCGGCCUGCCUGCCCACGCGCCCGCUGGCCGAGCGUGACCUCUGGGCCAUCAGCCUGCACACUGUGAGCGGCUGGGGACGGAGGGGUGAGAUGGGGCCUACCUCGCACAUCCUGCGGCGCCUGAAAGUGCCACGGAUCCGGACGCAGCAGUGCAUGGAGGUGAGCGGCGUGGUCCUCACACAAAACAUGUUCUGCGCUGGAUACACCGAGGGUCAGCAGGACUCAUGUAAAGGCGACAGCGGCGGGCCCCUGGUGACGCAGUACAAGAAGACAACGUUCCUACUGGGGAUCGUCAGCUGGGGGAAGGGCUGCGCCCGACCAGGUUACUAUGGCAUCUACACACGAGUGUCCAACUACCUGGAGUGGAUUCACAACCGAACAGCGACAGAACCGAGGGACGUCACAGAGGCUUCGCUGCUCGACCUGACGAGCUGAGGGGCCACAGGGCCUGAGGAGGAACCUCUGAGGGCCUGAGGAGGAACCACUGAGGGCCUGAGGAGGAACCUCUGAGGGCCUGAGGA